GUGCCUUUCACUCUCACCCCUCUCUAUACUAUCUCCUCCCCUUAACUUCAGCAAAAAUGAAACUCUCAUUUUGUUAGUUUCUCACAAAACACAACUAUUAAAUCCAAAAAAAUCCAAUCUUUUUAACAAAAGGCUUAAUAGAAAGGCAAAUAUAUAAUAAUAACGAUUAAAGAUAUUAAAAAAAAAUGCUUCUCCGAAGCUCCUCAACUCCAUUACUCAACUUCCCUCUACCAUGGAUUUCAAAUCAAACCUCAUCUCCAGAAUCGUAUAAUUGUUUAUCUCUUCAUUCUAUGAUGAAGCUUUCAAGAUCAUCAUCCUGGGUUGGUGGGUCUCAGAGGAAAAUGGGCAGAGCUCUCCUCGAAAGAAGAUCAUCUCUACCAUCAUCAUCACGGAAGUGCGUUCAUGGCCAUGGAUGGCUUUCUGCAGCUCAGGGUGAUGUAAAAGAAGAAGAAGAUGAAGAAGAAGAAGAGGUUUUGGUGCUUUUGAAAUCUGGGUUGAAAACAGAGGAGAUGCAGGGGUUUGAAGAAGAGGCGGCGAGAAGGAGGAGCGUGGCGGUCGCCGGGGAUUAUGGGGGCGGCGGUGGGAGGGAGGGAGGUGUGAAUAGGUUUGGGAAUUGGGAUCCAAAUAAUGGAAGUGAGAAGACUGAUGUGUAUUACAAGAAGAUGAUCAAGGCUAAUCCUGGGAAUCCUCUGCUUCUUGGCAAUUAUGCAAGGUUCUUGAAAGAGGUAAAGGGCGAUUUGAUCAAGGCUGAAGAAUAUUGUGGUAGAUCAUUGUUGGCAAAUCCAAGUGAUGGAAGUGUAAUGUCAUUGUACGCGGAAUUGAUAUGGCAAUCCAAUAAGAAUGCAGCUGCAAGAGCUCAGACUUACUAUGAUCAAGCCAUUCAAACUUCUCCCCAUGAUUGUUAUGUUUUGGCAUCCUAUGCACACUUUCUAUGGGAUGCGGAGGAUGAAGAAGAAGAUGAGAAUGAUAAAAACGAAGGGCGACAAAACAUCGAGUACUUUGCUGAUAGAUCAAAACCUUGUUUGGUUCGAUGAAUAAUGCAACUUAAUUUGGUUGAGAAUCAGUUACAACUUGCAAGAAAUAGAGAUAAAUUUGUACAUAAACCGUUGGUUCUUAAUUAUUAAUGUUAUGCUUGUAACAUGUGUUUUCUUUUCUCCUUAUUGCAUGCUAUUUUUCACCAUUGGUACAAGAAGCAGAGGUGCCUCAGUUCCUGUGACACUCAUUUAAUAUGUGAUAAAUAUUAUAUCAAUAUCAUCUAUGAUUGUGCCAAGAUAAACACUUCAAAAGUUC